AAAAUAGCUUACUACAUUUAUUAAAAACAAUAUUUUAAAAAUUUAAAAGAAAGCUUCCAAAAAUGUUUAAAUACUUUUUGAUAUUAACAAAAGACGGUCGUACACGUUUUGCAAGAUAUUAUAUUGACAUUAAGAGAGAAGAAAAAGUCUUAAUCGAAGCGGAAAUUGGACGAAAAUGUCUACAACGUGGAGUAGAUCAGUGCACUUUCAUGGAGUACAAAGAUCAUAAAAUAGUCUACAGAAGAUACGCUUCUCUUUAUUUUGUAGCGGGGGUGGACGAAGAUGAGAAUGAUUUGUCUAUUUAUGAAUUCAUCCAAAAUAUAGUUGAAGUUCUCAACAGCUAUUUUAAGAAUGUUACAGAAAUGCAUAUAUUGGGUAAUCUUGACAGGGUGUAUAUGAUCCUGGAUGAGAUGAUUAUGAAUGGGGACAUUGUUGAACCCAGGAAGAAAUAUGUUCUUGCCACAAUGAAACUCAUCGAUGAAAAAUCGAGAUAGACACGCAUUUGUAAGGUUAAGGUUAUGCAACUUAUUACGACGAAUGUUCAUUCUUAUUAUCAAUGUAGGAGACAUGAGCGACAACCACAUCAAUAUAAAGCGCGGAUGCUUGAAUGCCAUAGAUCGGCGUUGUCGUGCAAUCUAAUUAGCAUAUAAUGCGCGCGCUUCAAUUAGCAGACUUGUUCUCUAGAGGGGGCUAUACAAGCACGGCGUCUAUCGAAGGAAUAGGAGAAUAACAGUUAAAUAAACUUUGUCUCUAUUAUUAAUUAAUGACUUGACGCUGUAAUCCGCCUAUUAAGAAGAGGCUAGUUAUCAGAUUAAACGGUCUUCGCUGAUUGA